UGAUACCGAUACAAUGUCUUCUAUGAUCGGUAAUUUCAAGUUUUCCACGUUUCAGUCAUUGUCCAAAACAUUCCCAAUCUUCCGUCCAAUUCUGCAUAAACCCUAGAUUCACGCAAGUAAAAAAAAAACUUUUCUUUUUUCAUUCUCUCCAGAAUUGGAGCACUGCCAUAUCCUCCCGCGUGUUUCCUUGUUCGAGGACAUUGAUGAUUCUGCCGGUUCCGUCACCGGCAGCUGGUGUUGUGUUCCGCUUCUGGGAUCACCGCCAAGUGCGUAAAGGAACAAUCUUUUGGCGCUAAAUUGUGUUGUGAUUCCUCUUUUUUUUUUUCUUUUUUUUUUUUCUAGCCAUGUAUAGAUCCGGGGUUGUCAUGGGUUGGAACGUGUUUAAGUUUUGCACUUCCCUGAGAGGAUUAGGCUCGAUCAUGAUAUUGAUGGUUCUUGGGCUUGUGGGUGUUACCUAUUACGCUGUCGUUUUGACUAAUUAUGGACCUGCCUUGUUUCUCGGUGGCCUUGAUACUCUUAUCUCCUUGGCGGUGUUGAUUUUGUUUCAUUUUUUGUUGGUUAUGUUAUUGUGGAGUUACUUUGCUGUUGUGUUUACGGAUCCGGGGACUGUUCCUCAUAACUGGAAGCCUUCCGUUGAUGAGGAGAGAGGAGAGGUUGAUCCAUUAAAUGAGGUGGAAUUAAGUAAUCUGCAAUCUGAUCCUUCAAAUCAACGGAUUAGAUACUGUCGGAAGUGCAGCCAGCCCAAGCCACCCCGAUGUCAUCAUUGUUCUGUUUGUGGACGAUGUGUACUGAAGAUGGACCACCAUUGUGUUUGGGUAGUCAACUGUGUUGGGGCUUUGAAUUACAAGUAUUUCCUUCUUUUCUUGUUCUAUACUUUCCUUGAGACCACUCUUGUGACUAUAACAUUACUGCCACAAUUCAAAGCAUUCUUUACUGAUGGAGAAAUUCCUGGAACACCUGGCACUCUUGCCACAACUUUUCUCACUUUUGCUGCAGUUUUGAAUCUGGCCUUUUGCUUGAGUCUCUUGGGAUUUCUUGUCAUGCACAUGUUAUUGGUAGCUGCUAAUGCAACCACUAAUGAGAAGGCAUAUGAGAAGAGGACUGCUCCAAAAUGGCGUUAUGACCUUGGUCGUAGAAAAAAUUUUGAACAGGUGUUUGGGAUGGACAAGGGGUACUGGUUCAUCCCUGCUUAUUCAGAAGAAGAUAUAAGAAGGAUGCCUGUUCUUCAGGGCCUUGAGUAUCCAUCAACACCAGGCUUCAGCGCACAAGAGUUCUGAGAGCUAGCAUUGCCACAUCAUGAGAAACUGCAUUUACCUUUGUAACAGAAAACAUGGAGCAUCCAAAGCAUCUCCUUUUGGUUGCUGGGAGUCCCAGUAGCAAUUCAUUUGCGCAGGCACUUGGUAUGGUUGAUGUUAUUUUUCUUUCUCUGAUGAGACGUGUGGUUGCGCCAAUUUCAUAUGAUGAGCAAUGAGGAACAGGGUUUAAAGGUUUGACUAGUUAAUGUGUUCAAAUUCCUGAUGACGUUAUCUCAUUCAGGAUUAGGAUAUGUACAAGAAGGAAUUUUCUCCUGUUAAAUUUUUUUACCCUUCAUUGGUCAUACUGAUGUUGCUUGGAAUGUUUGUUGAUUAAGUUCUACAAUCAACUGUUCGUUGCAUAGAUGAUGUUCAAAUGUAAUUCAACUUUUACGUUAUUGUAAAUAUAUGCAAUUCAUGUUUCAUUUA